CUGCUGUGCGAAGAUGGCGGCCGAACUGGUAGAAGCUAUGGCUGCAGAGUUGCGAUUACAAUGAACUGCUCUGUGGAAAUAAAGUGAACUGAACUCAAAACACCUCCUGAGCUGAAGUGUCUGAGAACAUGGUGAAGAGUUUCCGGGUGUCCGACCUGCAGACGCUGCUGGCCUCUAUGGGCCGCAGUAAAAGCGGGUUGAAGCAAGACUUAGUGGGACGAGCUCUUAGGCUUGUGCAAACGGAGUACAGUCCAGAGCUCCUAAAGAAUGUCCGACAGCUCUAUGAGACGCGCUUCCCGAAAGCAUCAGCCUGGCUUGCUGCUCGACGUCCUGAUGCUGUAACUGUAACAUACCCUGCCCUCAACUCCUCGCCCAGAGGCACAGCCCAGGGCACAGACUACCUCAACGGCAUACCUAAACCAGCACCACCACCUGUAGCAGAAGUCAAACUGGUGCCACUGCCAUUCUACCACAACCUAGAAACACUGCUGCCACCCACAGAACUAAUCGCUCAGAACAGUGAAAAGCUGCAAGAAAGUCAGCGUGUUUUUGAAUUAACACCUAGCCAAGUGGAACAGAUUCGGAAUUCAAGUGAACUUCGCCCAGGGAUGAAAUCUGUUCAGGUUGUUCUCAGAAUCUGCUACACAGACUCUAUCGGUGUUCAGGAGGACCAGUAUCCUCCCAAUAUUGCUGUGAAAGUGAAUCAGUCCUACUGUCAUGUACCGGGUUACUACCCCUCCAACAAACCAGGUGUUGAGCCACGUCGACCCUGUCGACCGGUCAAUGUAACACCCUGGUUACACCUCUCUUCAGUCACUAACAGAGUCACCAUCACAUGGGGCAACUUUGGGAAGAGGUACUCUGUGGCAGUUUACCUGGUGAGGGUCUUCACGUCUGCAGAGCUCUUCAACCAACUGAAGCACUGCUCCGUUGAGAGUGCUGAGCGUUGUCGGGAACGCAUUCAGGACAAGCUGCGCUUUGAUCCUGAAAGUGAGAUUGCCACUACAGGACUGCGAGUGUCCCUCAUUUGCCCUCUGGUGAAGAUGAGGCUGGGAGUGCCAUGUCGGGUCCUCACUUGUGCCCACCUGCAGUGUUUCGAUGCAGUCUUCUUCCUGCAAAUGAAUGAAAAGAAACCCACAUGGACCUGCCCUGUAUGUGACAAACCUGCUCCUUUUGAGCUUCUUACUAUUGAUGGGUUGCUAUCAGAGAUCCUUAAAGAGACACCAGAGGAUGUGGAGGAGAUUGAAUAUUUGACUGAUGGCUCAUGGAGGCCAAUCAGGGACGACAAAGAGAAGGAAAGAGAGCGAGAAAACAGCAGCUCGCCUGACUAUCCAGUGGUGGAUAUAUGUGUUCCUGAGGCGAACGGACACUCCCCAGCACACAGUGGCUCAAACCAGACCGGGAAGUCUGGAUCGGGUGGCUCGUUGGCAGGAACCGGCGGGACCAGCGGCGGGUCAGGAGCUGCGGCAGUGGUGGACCUGACUCUGGACGACUCAUCAGAUGAGGAAGCGGGGGGAGGGGCUGAGGACAGUGAGGACACAGACGACAGCCAGGACAGCCCAACCCCAAAGAGGGGCAGAUACGAUUAUGACAAAGACUUGGUCACUGCGUAUUGAGACUGGACAGGACACUUGGACUUCUUGGGGGGGGGUUAGAUGGGAUCUGAGCCUUGGAAUUUUCAAGAAUUGUGUCCCCAUGUCCUCUCCUGAUAGCAUACAUACAUCCUCUUGACACCCGUGGGAUAUCCAUAGAUGCCCCGUAAAGCCAUUCACACCAUCUUAAUACUGUAUUUUCCCUUUAAAGACCAUGGAAAAGGAACACCAUCAUCAAUUCUCAGUCUCUGAUCUUCUGUAUCAAUAAGCUUUUACCAUCUUAGCCAUUUAAGCUCUUUACCAUUUUCAAUUUUAUGAGGAUCUGUUCCAGACUCUCCUUCAGGUUUCACAAAAUAUUGCAGAAUCAAAACAAAAAUCACAUAUGAGUCAAGCCACAAAAAUGUUCAUUCCUACAGUAGAGAUGAUACAACCUCCCAGAAUUCAGUUUUUUUUUUUUAGGUGUUUCCUGUUAGUUCUCGGAUGUCAACAUAAGAUUUUUGUUUCAUUAUGAUUUGGAGACACACUGAAAAAUUUCCAUCUCCUCAUGUCCCUUUUUUGUUUUAAUUUAUCCACAGAUGUUGACAACCUACCUCAAUCUAAAAGCAGAUUACACCAGAGGAUUAUAGAAAGGGGGAUGAAUUCUUAAGCAUGGUUUUUUUUUUUUUUCAUACAAAAAGCAACACUGGAGAAGAUCAAGCAUUGCUCAUUGCUUUGUAGUUGCCUCAUAAGGCAUCAUAUUAAAAACAGUUCUGUCUUGAGCAGUGAGUUUCCAGUCAAGUCUGUGACAGCAGCGGUUAACAGUGACACUCAGUGGCAUACUAUGCAUACCGGUUUGAGCCCUAGGCCUUGACUAAAUGUGCGCUUGUCACUAAUCAGCACUCAAGAGGGAAUGACAUUUUGACAGUGAUGGUCCUUUUGAGGUGCAAGUAAAUAUUGUACAAUAGAUAAUGUAUUAUAUCUGAUGAUUUCAUAGAACAUUGCAGGUCUCAUGUCAAUGUCAUUUUAUUCCUUUCAGUUUGUAUUGCUCAUUAAAGGCUGCUAAAGUGAGCCUGAAGUUACAGCAUGAGAAAUUCUGCACAAGAAAGGCAAAGGUAGUCUUGAUGAAUCAGGGCGAAGAGAGGACAUUUUUUUCCCUCUUCUAUAUGUGACUGUAGUUAAUAUUAGGUUUAUUUAGCACAGGAUCUUAUGUUGGCAAAAUACCAAAUUGUUAUGUUGGCAAAAUACCAUAAAUCCUGACAUUCCCUGUACUCAGAAACCGAAGUAAUUUGCAAUAUUUUCAGUUCAUUUGGUCCUGCUGUUUGCCUUUUUUAUUUUUUUUCUCUCUUUUAAGACCGAUGGCUGAUUUACGUAAGGUCUUGUAGGCUUUGGUGUUCAUGACAGGUGUGAUUCUUAAAGAUACGUUCUUUCAUUUUUGAGUAUUUAUUGGUUUUGCUUCUUUUUAUUUGAAUAGUGUUUGUUAUUUUUGCAUUGAGGCAUUUGCCAGCAAUUUUCCACUUUUCUAAGAUUCCUUUCUAGGUGCUGAGAUGUUUUGGUUUGAAGCUGGUUUCUGUCGUUGGCGCUUUCAUUAUGAUGGCGGAUAUGCUGUGUCCUCUCUCAGCCUGCUGUUGUCCAAGCACAUUCGGCCAUUUGUGACAGUCUGAACACAAGCAGCUUAGGCAGGACUAUGCAGACUUGAUCUAAACUUCUUCAUGGAAAAAAUAAAAACUUGUGCUUCAUAACCAAACACAAAUGGCACAUCCAGGUGGCUGAUAAGUUACGGAGGACUCUGGGAUUACGGGUUAGUUCUACCUAUCUUUACAUUUUUUUCUCAGUCACAUGAUGCUCAAUUCAGGAUCAACCAGAAUAUUGUGUAGAAUAUUACCUUUACCAUCAGGUUGUAAAUGAAGCAAUCUUGGCUGCUCGGAUCUAUACAUUUAGAGGGAUUUUGUUUUGACGGCAUGCAAAAUGAUUCGGAUGUAUUGUUGAAUAAUGAAA